AUGGGGAGGCUGGAACACGAGCCAGUGAUCCAGCACGUCAGUCACACGCACCCGUUGGAGCUCUCCUGCGUCCAGAGGGCCCCGGCAUGCGCCUGCUGCGGGGUGCAGUCGGGGGGAUGGAACUACGCCUGCAAGGGGUGCGGCUUCUUCCUGCACAUCUCCUGCGCGAAGAUGCCCCGUCUGAUCGAGCACCCCUCGCACCCCAGCCACGCGCUGGUCCUCCUCCCCGCUCCGGCCUACCCGGAGGGCUCCUUCAACUGCGACGCCUGCGGCCGCAGCGGCAAGGGCUUCUCCUACCACUGUGCCCACUGCCAUGUUGACCUGCAUGCGCUUUGCGCUGCCAUGCCGCUCUUCGUCGCCCACCAGGCGCACCACCACCCGCUCACCCUCGGCUUCUCGCCGCCCUACGAGUGCCGCGGCUUCUCCUGCGACAUCUGCGGCCACAUCGGCUCCGACCACUGGCUCUACCGCUGCGCCCUCUGCGAGUUCGACGCCCACCUGAGCUGCGCCACCGCUAACGCCGCUCCGCCCCAGCGGCCGGCCGCGGCCGGAGGUUAUCGUCCCCCUCAGCAACGGCCUCAGCAGGUAGCGGCGGUCGGCAUGGCGGCGCCGCCGCCGAGAGUCAACCCCGCCGCCGCCGGUCCCCCUCCGAUGGGAAACAACAUCGUGACUGCGAACGAUCUGGUGGGGGCGGCGGUGCAGGGGUUCGUGGAGGGUGAGGCGGUGCAGGUGGGGCAGACAUUUGCUCAGAGUGUUCUCGGCGUCGGCGACGGCGGUGGGAGCGCCGCCGACGGGGGAGGAGUGGAUGCAGACAGCACAGAUGGUGGCCAUUAA